AUGAACUCCAGUACACGAUAUGAGCUGGUCUCUCGCCUCAACGGUGAUCCAGUGUUCGGUGCACUGAAAAGCAACUCUGAACGGAUUGCCUAUCUGCUAGAGAAGGCCAUCUCCUUUGAGCAGCUGAAGGAGCUGGUUCGAAAGAACUUCAGCAAAGCUUGGGACAGUUCACGCAAGUCCUCAUUGCUGGCGAACCGGUACUACCAGGAAGCUGACACCUGCUUCAAGACUGAACGCCUCGAUGCCGCCCUGGCUGCAGUGCACAAGGCCAUUCUUCACACCUCUCCACAGGAGACGGCUUUUGUUCGUCUGUUUGCGCACAAGUGGCGAAUUCACUUUCACCUAAAGGACUACCAGGCGAUGCUGUACAGCGCCGAAGUGUGCUUCGACCUUCAGCCAUGUGUCAAGUAUCUGCUGUUGAAGGUUCACAGUAUGGCGUUGCUGCACCAGUUUUCCUCUGCCAUCGAGCUGAUUGACCAAGUGAUUGGCAGCCAAGGUUUGGGCGAGUUCACGCUGAAGAGCAAGAGUCAAAAGGCAAAGUUGGCUGACUUUAAGAGGGAAAUACUAGAGCUGAGCAAGAGGAAGAACGAUGGCUCGAUGAGUGUUGCUCCUCUUCAAAAAUCAGCUGAGCCGUACUUUUCUCACCAGCUGGCCUCUAGCGUGAAGAUAGUCAACUCGCCGGUGGUGGGGCGUCACUUUGUGGCCACGCAGUCCAUUCCCAAGAACGUGGUCAUUCUGCGCGAGCGCCCCUACAGUUUGGUGCUAGAGUUGGACUACUGGAAGACCAAGUGCGCCAACUGUAAUCACAACCUGGGGCACAAGUUCUUUCCCUGUGCCUACUGCACCGAGCCAAUCUUCUGCAAUCGAGCCUGCUUUCAGGCGGCCUACCAGGUCUACCACCGUUUCGAGUGUGGCCUGGCCUCGCUGGCCCGCUCGCAGAUGACCAUGUCUGCGGCCCACGUCUUCCGCAUUUUCUCGCGCAUGGGCCCGCUGGAGGCCUUCGACGUUGAGGAGGAGACCAACGGCGCCUACUCCAUUGACCAGUACCUGGCGGAGUUCGGCGAGGACGUCGACGUGCCCGAGGAGCAGUGGACCCCAGCGCAGAAGGCGAAGAAGUACCGCAUGUCCUCCAUUCUCUGGCACCACGAUGAGAAGCACAACGGCUACUACAAUGCACAGCACUGCGUGGUGGCCGUCGAGGUGGCCGUCCUCCUCGAUCUGAUUCACCACUUUCGCAGCCGCCGACCGGGACGGGACUUUCUGGUCGCCUUCGCCAGUCGAGUUCUGGUCAACAUGCGACGCAUCACCUUCAACGUCUUUGGCUGGCACGAGUACCGAGAGAGUGCUGAGGACGACUGGUCGACUCGAGGUCACGUCGCCAACUGCCAGUGCCUGGUGGGCAGUCUGAUCAACCACUCCUGCGAGUGCAACGUCAGCUGGGGCUGGACGGAUGGGAUGAUCACCUUCACCACCAAGCGAGCCAUUGCCGCCGGUGAGCAGAUCACCAUCACCUACGGCCCGGGCAAGGGCAUGACGCACUACAAGCGCCAGGAGCGCCUCAACUACUACUUUUUUGCUUGCAACUGCAACCUGUGUCUGAAAGACGCCAAAAUGGGCAACAACUUGCGCUGUCGCCAAUGUGAUGGCCCGGUGGUCUUUGGCUCAGCUCAAAACAAGGAGCCACAGCUCAAUGGCAAGUGCAUCAGCUGCUUUGAAAAAUACGAGAACUUUGAAGAGGCGGUGAAGCGUCUGACUGAAGUCAAGAAGACCAUUAGUGACCUGGCCAAUCUGACGACUGUUUUCCAAAGUGAGAACAUUCUCAAAGCGGCGGCCAAACUGCUUGCUGACCUGGUCGACCUUUCACUUCCUGAAAGCGAGCCCAUCUGCCGCAGUGUUCUCCUCUCCUCGGUGAUAUUUGAGCAAAGCAGCCACCUUCUGACCGAUGACGCCCAGAAGCUCGAGCUGGCCCUUCUCUUUGACCGUGCUCUGCCGCGAAGCAUUCCAAAGCAUCUUCUCGGCGAGAAGUGCCUUCGUUCGCUAAAGUUCUGGCUGACGGUGCUGCUCAAGAAAACGGUUCACCACUCGGUGGGCGUCGCCGUUGAGAAGGAGGAAGAAGAGGACCGGGAGCAACUGAAUCGCUACUGGGAGGCGGCCAGCAAGCUCAAGCGACGAUUUCUCAACGCUGUGGAGACUGUGAACAAGGACAGCAUGACUGCCGACAUAGUCAAACAGCUGGUCAGCGACGCCUACCUGUCAGUGCAGUAA